AUGAACAAUGAGCAAAAUGUAAACCGAGAUUUACGAAAUUUUUUGAAAAAGCAGAAGAGCUUCACGUUGACAGCAAUCAUUUCUUGCAUAAUUACAUUAUUCCUAUAUGUGAUACCAUCCAUGAUAAUGACAAUCUGCAGCAAAACCGAACGUCAAACCUGCGUUCCUAUCGGUACCUGUUGUAAUUUUUUAUGCUAUCUAAACUCCAUCAAUUUGCCGUUGCUAUUCCUCUAUCGUCAAGAUAACGUCCGUAGAAAGAUGUUCGAUUUCCUAUACCAUCGUUCAGUGAUUCGUACACCUGUACAAAUGAAUUCUGUCGCCCCCAAAAAUCGGAUAAUAGCAUAA